AUCGAAGUGUCUUUUGGCCAGCCCAUGAAGGCAAGUUUCAAUAUUGCUCCACGAAAAGUGAUAAAUUUUCGGUGAAAAUCAACGGUAUUCGUUAGUAAUCGAGUUCCCGCGACGAAAGUGACCUGUUUCCGGUGCAACUAGAGUGCGGUUUAGUUUACGGAAGUAAUCAUUACGCCUAGCGGAUGCAGUGAAAAAUUUUCACUUUUCGGUGCGUGCGGCUCCUUUUCCACAGAGUCAGUUCAUAGGUUCGUCUGUCGUGGUUGGUUGUCGUUUUUUUGGUGCCAAUCAUCGGGGGGAAGAUUUUUAGCCACGAAAAAAAUCCGCCUAGACUAGGUGGCCGCCGCUAGUGUUUUUCCAAAAGUAGAAGAGCAGCACACGGUUAAAUUGUAGGGCUGAUGCUACUCUUCGUAUGAUUGUAAUGAGCUGAACGGAUAUUGAUGAUAGUGACAACAAAAUGCAAUAUGCUGGUGGUCUGUUGGUGAACAAAUUCUGGAGUGCGUAUAGUGCAGUGUAGCGAGUAGCGAGUUAGCGACAUCGACGGCGGUGGUCAGUGCUUUUCGGAGAAUCCGUCGUACACGCAGCAGACGGAAAAGAAGAAGCGACGACAGCAAGGAUUACUGCAAGUGUAUAGUUUAUGUUGGGUGGUUCAGCAGCAGAGGCGGCACGCAUACACUCGGGCAAAUAAUCAGCCAAUAACGAUGAGGGACGAAAUCUGCGAGGGAUAACAGUGCAAAGAGAAAUAACAAGUGUUGCCAGCCUGUUAGAGUUAUCGCUAGCAGAAACAAAUACAGGCCUAAACACAACCAAUCGUUCCGGAGGCGACGAACAAAACAGAACAGGACCCGCAACGAUCUGCUUCCUGUGAGAGCCGUUACAAGCAACAUCGGCAUCAGUGCGCAUCACGCCAUCCCAGUUGCAUUAUCGUUGCAGUCGGUCGUCGAAUGGCCUGAAAGUGGCAGGGGCACAAUAACAAAAGCCACCCAUCGCCGCCCAACACCAAGACCAUUUGACGCUGUGUGCGUGUGUGUUUGUUUGUGGAUGUCCAUGCGCUCUAUUGUCUAUCGCUAGAUGUACGUGUUCCGCGCGUCCUGAAACUGAUCCCUGUCCAAACAAUAAAUAAAAUAUAAUAACAAUAAAAAAAUCGCGGGCGAUACCCACAGUGCAUAAGAAGAAGCGAAAUUAUAAGCACAUCGAUGCUAGAAAACCAGGAAAGAGAUCACUGUUAUAGUCUGCUCACUCACCCUUGAGCAUUCAGUCUGUUGUAGGGAAGAAGUGCCGGGAAAUUCAACUGGAAACGGGUGUCUGGUUCGUAUCCUCUCGUGUCUCGCGGCGAAGAAGAAAGCAGCUGGAAAAUUCACUUGUGUGACUAAUCGUGAAGAUUUUCUUUGUCAUCGGUAACAAGGGCGGUGUGUAUAUUAUUCGUGGGAGUGCAUUUUCUCCGCCGAAAGGUGUGUGUUUGGGUAGUGGAGAAGAUGUUCGCAGUACAUCUCGUCGAUUGGUGGGUUCUAGUUCGACGUGAGUGAGUUUCAAAUGUGCAAUAAAAGUGUCUCAAUUUGAGGUGAUCUCAAAGAAUAAAAGCCUGUGGCUUUAAGGUGUUGGCCGGGGAAGUGCUAAUUAGUUCUAUUGCCUAAUAUAGCAGCAAGAGUUAAAGUUUAGUUCAUUCAUGCAGAGAGAAAAGUUGUAAUUGCAUCGUGUCUAGAGAUAGGUGUGUUUCACAGCAAAGCCCGGAGUGAGCAAACAGAAGCUCAUUCCGGAAACCGUGUUUGGGUUGCCGAUAAAGGUGCUGCAAUUUCUUCAAAUUGAACGCGAGGGUGAAUGUGUUUGUCGGGGGUAUGAUAGUCCCCCCUCAUCUGGCCACAACACUCAACAACAGUGGUGGGGGGUCCGGUGGAAACAGUAACAGUAGUGGCAACAGCAGUAGCAGCAUUAGCACUAUCAGUGGUUUGUCCGUUACUGGAGCAGGCGGCGCGGUUACGGCAGCACCAGGAGCGACAACGUCAUCGCUUCUAGUCAGUGGCAGUCAAGAUAGUCUGAGUGGAUUUGUACUCAGCGGGGGAGGAGGAGGCGGUGGUAACGGCAACGGAAGCGGCAGUAGCGGUAGCGGCUCCAGCCGCACCGGAUCCAGCAACGGAAGCGGUCAUCGCAUACUCGCCGUCAAUAGAAACAUUGACGACCUACUCUUCGGUAGUGACUUAGACUCGUUAAUCAAUGACAAUAUCAUCAAUGGAUUCAAAUCCUUGAAAGUUGCGAAAUCGCAAUCUCAGGAUAACUUGGAUUACCAGCAGCAGCGUCAUCCGCAUCCACAUCAUCAUCAGCAGCAACCAUUUUACCAUCAUUAUCAUUCGCAUCAGUUGCAAUCAUUGCCACCAAUUCAGCAGCAACAGCAGUAUCAACAUCAAACACAGCAGCAAACACCAACAUCGUUACAUUACCAUCAUCAGCAGCAGCAACAAGUUAAUCACUGGAUUGAAUCGGAUAUCAUAACAAAUAGCAAGAUGUUGACGGAUAAAGCAAAACAGAAACUAGCAGCACAAUAUGCAUCCGGAAAUGUUCCUGACACAACGCGGCAAAGGCAUCAUGCGCCGCUUUACGGAAGACUGGUUACAGAAGAACACUUACCUGCCGCUCAUCGUGAUAUACAUCAGCGUUCGAUAAGUCCUACAUCAUCGACAGACAUCCGGGCGAUGCAAGCCCGGAUACCAUCGCAUUUUCGAGACCCAACGACGGCACCGCUGCGGAAGCUGAGUGUGGACCUUAUCAAAACCUACAAACACAUCAAUGAGGUUUAUUAUGCCAAAAAGAAACGAAGAGCUCAACAGACUCAAGGCGAGGAUACAUCCCACAAAAAGGAGCGAAAGCUUUACAACGAUGGCUACGACGACGAGAACCAUGACUACAUCAUCAAGAAUGGCGAGAAGUUUCUCGAUCGCUACGAAAUUGAUUCACUCAUCGGCAAAGGCAGCUUCGGUCAGGUGGUGAAAGCCUACGACCACGAGGAGGAGUGUCAGGUGGCGAUCAAAAUUAUCAAGAACAAAAGACCCUUCCUCAGUCAAGCACAAAUCGAAGUCAACCUGCUAGAGAUGAUGAACCGAGCGGACGCGGAGAACAAAUACUACAUCGUAAGGCUGAAGCGACACUUUAUGUGGCGAAAUCACCUGUGUUUAGUAUUCGAGCUGUUAUCCUAUAAUUUAUACGACUUACUGCGCAAUACGAACUUCCGUGGAGUUUCGCUGAAUCUAACGAGGAAGUUUGCCCAGCAAUUAUGUACGGCGUUAUUAUUUUUAAGUUCACAAGAAUUAAAUAUCAUACACUGUGAUUUAAAACCAGAAAAUAUAUUAUUAUGUAACCCUAAACGGUCAGCAAUUAAGAUAGUAGAUUUUGGCAGUUCAUGUCAACUAGGGCAAAGGAUAUAUCAAUACAUACAAUCACGUUUCUACCGCUCACCGGAGGUACUGUUAGGGAUACCGUACGACUUAGCAAUAGAUAUGUGGUCGCUCGGGUGCAUACUGGUGGAAAUGCACACCGGUGAGCCACUGUUUUCCGGCUCGAAUGAGGCGGACCAAAUCAACAAGAUUGUCGAGGUGCUUGGGAUGCCUCCGAAGCACAUUCUCGACCAGGCGCACAAAACUCGCAAGUUCUUCGAGAAGCUCCCGGAUGGGUCGUACGUGCUGCGGAAAACGCAAAACCAGCGCAAGUACAAGGCACCGGGCACGCGGAAACUGCACGACAUCCUCGGCGUGGAGACGGGCGGGCCGGGUGGCCGGAGGCACGGCGAACCAGGCCACAGCGUAUCCGACUAUCUUAAAUUUAAGGACCUAAUCUUAAGGAUGCUGGAUUACGAUCCGAAGACGCGCUGCACACCGUACUAUGCCUUGCAACACAACUUCUUCAAGCGGACGUCGGACGAGAGCACCAACACGGCGAACACGAUCAGCUCGCUCAGCACAAGCCCGUCUGUGAGCACGCAAGACCCCAGCAGUCACGGUCUAUCUUCUUUACAACAUCAACCUCAAUCGGUCCACCACCAGUCCCAGCAGCAGCAGCAGCAACAGCUUCACCCGUCAUCAUCAACGCAAUCACAGAGCACCAGCAUGCUGUUACUUUCGCAAGCAGCGGCAGCUGUCGGUCUCGGCAAUGGCAGCGGCAUCACCAGCAGCAGUCACAGCAACUCUAGUUCCGGGCCAUCCACCAUUAACAGUAGCAACAACAGUAGUAGUAGCAUUAGUAAUACCGCAAAUAGCACCAGCAGCAAUCACCCGCUGGCAAUGGACUGCGAUCCACCUCAUACGAUUCUUAUCACUAGUUCAUCGAAUCCCACCCACUACCACAGAAAUCGCUACCUGCAGCAGCAACAGCAGCAUCCGCUACUUGGCCAUAAGAGUUACGCCCCCACAUCACUGCCAAUCGACCUUGGGGGACUGACUCAUGGUGGCUCUGUGGUAGCAUCGGCGACGGCAGCAACGAUUGACCCCCCUUCUUCAUCUUCAUCUUCAGUGGCGCAGGCAGCAGCGGCCGCAGCCGCUCUCAUGUCCGGCAGCUUUACGAGUCAUCCCGUCGGCGGAGGCGGUACGAGCAGUAGUAGUAGUAGUAACAGUGGUGGUGGAAGUGGGAACGGAGGGAGUAGGAGCCUUCUUUCGCACAAUGUAGCGAACUAUGCACCGUUCUCGAUGAGUGAUGCUGCAUUAUUGAUGGGUCACACGAAUGCGUCAGGAGGUCACGGUAUGUUGGGAUUAGUACCAAUGGGAUCACUACUUGGUCCGAUAGGCAGUGGUAGCAGCAGUAGUGGGAUUGCUGGUCCGAACUCACUAGUCACCGGUGGAGGAGGCACGGGAACGAGCGCCACCGGUAGUAUGGGAAAUGCUGGAAUGGCAGUGGUUGGCGGCAUUGGCGUCAUCGGCGGAAGCAGUGGUGGUAGCAUGGGUGUUGUUGGCAGCGGCAGUAUAGGUGGCAGUAGUAGUAAUAGUGCUAGCUCAAAAGGGUUGGGUCGGGCAGCGGCAGCAGCUGCAGCAGCGGCUGCCGCAGCCGCAUCCAACGACCGGGACGAAUCGCCUAUGGUUGGUGUUUGUGUUCAGCCAAGUCCGGUCAUAAUCCACUGACGGUCGGUGUGGCGGCGGCCAUGCGGGAAGGGUGUCGAGUACGAUUAGUUUAUCGCGAAUUGUUUGUGUGGUUGUGCAGGUGGAAGGUGGGUGAGUGUCUAAAGUCCUUUCUUUUUAAUCUCAAACAAACUUGCGCUGUAGAGGUUAAACUAUCAAUCUAUUUUGUCAAGAAUGAUGGAAUCAUGUUUGCAAAUUUGAAUUGAUUUUAGAUGUUGGUUCUAUUGGCUGUAAGUUAGGCAAAAUUGUGAAAUCAGUUUUUACCCCCUUAUGUAAAAGGUUGUUCUGAAUUUAGAGGAAUUUAGGAAUAAUUGUAAAAUAAACUAUAAUUUUGCAUUUUGGUUGUUUGUGAGCUAUUUUAAAACAUCACUUGAAGAAUGGCAUCCCAUCUAUGCUUUCUAUGUUUAAUGCAGACUCUCGUUAGAUUUCCAAUGUUAUUUGGUCGGGGUUCUACCAAAACGCACCAAGCGGUUUUUUGACUGACUUAUGGUAUUUCGUUCGCACAAGGGAAACGAAAAUCAUUUCAUGUCAAUACACAAUACAUGUCAAUGAAGGACAUCCACGACAUUUACGAUCAACUACAUUGCGAUCAAAUAAAUCUGCUAUUUUGAAGAAUUGUAUAUCAAGCUGUAAUGUUUCCUCAGGAAAUUAACACACUUUAUGUUUCGUUCAAUACUACAUAGUUGUAUCGAGUGCCUCGUCUUUCGGAGAACUUUCACCUUGAUAUUAUUCUUUUCUUCACCACAAGAAAAAGUACAUGUUUGCAUUAUUUAAAUCUCUUGGUAUUGGUGCGUAUAGUUACCCAAAAUUAUGUUGAAAAAUUAUUUAUUCAAUCACUAGACGAACUUGCUCCAAUUGUUUUUUUGUUGUUGUUUGAUCUAUCAAUCAUUAAGUUGAUUGCAGCGUCGCACUCUGGAUCGAUUUCAGUUCGAGCAAAAUAAUUUUCUGCAUAACUCAUAAAAGCGUAGUACAUAUUUUUACAUUUGUUCAACUUUCCCAGCAAAAUGUUUUGUCAUAUCGUAUAUAUAGUAUACAAGACGAAUCGAUUAGUCAGGUAAUCUUGCAAAUCGGUCCUCUGUUCGUGAGUUACAUAUGUUGCCUCAAAGGAAAUGUAAACUCAUUUUUAUAUAUAGAUAUGAGGAACACGAUUACUUGCAAAAGGAAAAUUUGGAAUAAUUUUGCCGAUGUCUAUUUGUUAUUUUACAUUAUUUAUUGGAACAAAUGUCAAGAAUAAGAAAAUACAUAGUUUGUUUUCAAAACAUUAUUUUGAAGUAUGAUCAAUAUGCAACUUAAUGCAGGCGCAAUAAUCCUAUUACCACAUCUAUGCACAAUGAUGCCAAAAGAGUCACGUGAUUUUAAAAUUGAAACCAAUAUCUUAUUUAGAUUUGCAAAUACCCAGUAAUUUUUGUCUUCUGGCAAUACAUUGUAAAUAUCCUAAUAUUAGCCCAAUUUUGCCGAGAUACCAUUGAGUUCACUUUUGUAGGUGUGUAUUUAUUAACUAUUAUGAUUCAAACGAGCAUGACUGAACGACAGUUAGAAUGGAAAAGAAAGCUUUGCGACUGAAUGAAGGUUUUCCUUUCAUAACCACAUAAUUUACUAUCACUCUUCUUUUCAUCAAACGAGAAAAGUAUUUCCUAAACGCAAAAAUCCAAAAGUGUUUCAUUUUUAUGCAUACCGAAAUCUAGACAAUUAUUAAAACAGAACUUGACUAGGACGUAGUAAUGUUUAUUUCCAUUUUACACUAUUAAAUUUAAUUACACACUAAACAAAGUUUGCUCUUAACUUUGAACAUCUCACUCCAUCAGACAUUUCACAUUUUCUGCAAAUCGCGUAUUAUCUAAGUAUCUAGGCCCUAAAUCAGCGCUCAUUGUUAUACGACACACAAAGGGUAUGAAGAAAUCUCGUUUAGCUAAAGCGAACCACUGAUUACAAAACAAAACAGACUUUUUUUUUAUUAAAAAAAAGGCGGUAGCAUACAAUAGUAAACCACUGUCAAAGGACACAAACACACCAAUUGGAUAGAUAAUUUAAAUUUUCCGAACAAAUGAAAACUGAUUACAAAGCUAGAAACUGAAUCACCACGAUUUAUUUAAUGACAAAUCUGAGAUAUUUCAACUAAAAAUUAAGAACGGAACACAAAUUUAAGACCAAUAAUAAUUUAUUAAAUUAUUAUUUAAAAAGCAAACUAAAUUAAAUCAGAGCAGGUUGGAAAACAAAAACUGAUCAUGAAAUGACCAACUCAUUUCUGUUGUAUAUAGUAACUGAUAGUACUAAUAAAAAUUAACUAGAAGAAUGAGAAAACAACACGUUUAUGUAAAGCGAAACGUAAAUAUGAAAAAAGUCGGGAAAAGCGAGCAUUAAGUAAUUAGAAUAAUACUGCUAAUGAAGUGAAUGGAGCGUAAAUUAAUUAAAAUAAUAACUAAACAAUAGAAAAUAAGUUAAGUAAACAAAAAAUAAGCAACUAAGUAAGGACAAUUGAUAAGUAAAUAAAGGAAAAUGCUAUUAGCAAACAAAAAAAAUUAGCAAAUACAAAGUACGGUCAAAAUAACUGAGAAAAUCCCUUCAAAAGGUAAUCAUUGAAAUGAGGAUGUUUUCUAUUUGAACCUACAUAAAGAAAUCUACCACAACAACCCCUUCAACUGAAAAUAGGAUGAAAAACCUAAGACCAUAACCAAGUCGAGCCAAAUACAUCUUUUAGUGGUUCUUGUAGAGAUCACUACCAUAAACACUCAAACCCAGCUACAUAUACAGUAACAAGUCUGAGAAUUCGCAUCCAGCGUCAAGCUGAACAACUAAUUAGUUGUUGAUUGGCGACGCAGUCUGGAGGUGAAUAAAACAAAAUGUGACUGGUUUAGUAAAAUUACCACUAAUUUAAAAUUAAACAAAUCAGCAUACUAGCGACAACAUCAAAGAACUGAACGUAACAAAAUGCAUACAUAAAUAUAAACACAAGUACGAUCAACACUCACACAUACACUAGCGACUAGGGACAGGCGAACAUACAUACACUUACUCAUACACGGGGCAAAUGGAGCGGAUGUCUUCUAAUGCAACUCACAACGGUACACUAAAAUUAACCUCGUGAAUGACACAAAGACGAUUAAGCGAAGAAUCCAGACCCCUUCAAUCAAUAAUAAUGGAGAAGAAUGAAAUGAUUAAUGCAAAACCUAAUUGAAAUAUAUUUAUACGCCUAUAUAAAAUCGGGAGCGAAACACACAAACACAUAGAAAAAGAAGCAUGAACCGAAUGCGGUAUACCGGAAGAGUCGACUAGAAGAGCGAACGAGAUUAUAAAAUCAAUAAUAUGACAAACAAAAAAAAAUUUGUUAUAAAAAAUCAGAAAACAAUACAAAAAAGAAAACACAAUGAUAAUUAAGAAAUAGAAAGAAGAAAAGGAUAUAAAAAAAACGAAGUAGCAAUACAACAAAAAUGGCAUAUUAUUGAUUUUGAGCAGGCUCGGCGUGACGUAACCGAAGGAACUUCAACGCUGAAAGGGUGGUAGUGAAAGGCGAAGGGGCAAGCCCGAUUUGUAACCGAACAGUAGCAAUAAACGAGAAAGAAACAGAAAAACCAGAAAGCGGACGCAGCAACUGGGAGAGAUUGACACUGGCUGUAUAGGAUAAAACUUUGAAGCGUGAUUCUCUCCCUAUGAACGAAGGGUAGGCGGUAGAAACAAAUAAACAAAAAAAAACACAAAAAUAAUCGACAAAACGAACGCAAACAACAAACCAGAGAUGGAGAAAAAAAGCAGAAAUGUUUUUCAAAAAUGAAAAAGAAAGCAGAAACGUAAUAAUUGAA